AGGUGAAGGUUCGUAGGUUAAAGGCUCAACACGCUGCUCCACAUGUGUUAUGUUUUGUUGCUAUAAUUUGUAAUGUAUUAAAAUAAAGUGCAGUAACAUGGGGAAGAAUACGAAGAACAAAACUAACGAGUCGGGAAAACAAGCUGGCAAGGCCGGACAACAUUCAAGUGACAAGAAGCUCAAACGAGAUGGUAAACCCAAGAAAGCCAAAAGAGACCACCUCGAACACAUCCCGUUUAAACUCCGAGAGAUAAUGAAGAGCAAAGACAGAAUGAAAACGGGGUCUUUGAAGGCCAAAAAGCUCAAAGAAGCCAUCUCCCCUAAAGGUAAACCAGGGGACUCCCAGGAUGGAGACAUACCUGUGCCACAUUUCAAGAGGAGAAAGGAGGAGAGCGUGAAAGCAUACCUGCGCCGCAUGGAAAAUGAAACACAACACGUCCUCUUCCUCACCAAGAACCAGGUAGACAGAAACCCUGAGCGGGAUGAAGACAAGGGCAAGUCUGAGAAGAAGAAGGAGUCUGAUAAAGUCCGAUUACUGAGGCUACAGCAGAAGAAGCUGGACAGACAAGAGGCCAAGAUGGAAAAGGAGAUGUUCGUAGAUAAUGUUCCCUUUGGUGAAGUUUCAAUGGCCCCGCCGUCUUUGAGCGCCAAACCCAAAAAAGCUCCGGUCAAGUCUCAGAAGGCAUCAAAGGAUCUGCUCCUCAACUCUCUCCUGGGCCACACGGCGGUCUCCGCAGCCAAGCCCUCCAUGGCCAGGCAGAGAAUGAUGGAGGAGGAGAGGGAGCGAGCAGUGGAGGCCUACCGCCUUCUUAAGAAACAGAAACAGCAGCAGCACGAGGCCAGGCAUGCCAAUCUGGAAAAACUCAAGAACCUCAAGUGAUGUUUCAUGUCAAAGAAGUAUAUAAUUCACUGACUUCAGUCAGCAGUGACGCUGAUAAACUGACACGGAUCGUGAGAUAGUAACCAUCAGCACACCGUUUGUGUUCUGUGCGCUGGAACUGAUGCGUCAGUGGGGAUGUUUACCACAAUGUACCAAACUGUUAGGGAAAGGAGCAAACAUUUGCAUCCGCUGCCCACAGAGUGAGGUGAGUAUAGUGACCAACAUUCACCUGCAGCUUUCAGUUUCACAUGUUCAGCUCAAAGGAGAACAGAAUUAACAAGUGGUUAGUGCCUGUCUAAAUAUCUUAUAAUGGAGACAAACUAACUAAGAACAUUGAGACAGGCGACUGUUGUUUAUUUCUCACCUUUGUAACUGUCAGAUGUUCACAGGCAGGUGAAUUUGCAUCUUUAGGUUAUCACUACCACAUCAUUUUUGAAAUGAUGGACAAUAAAAUCACUGAGGCCAUGUGAAGACAAAGACAAACCUGUAAUUGUUUGCUGUGGUCCCACUAGAUGGCAGUCCUCCUGUAGAAAGCUGUUUCCAUAUUGUCCAUGUGAAGAGCUGACACAACAUGCAGACUGAUCGUUUCUGGUCUAUUUAAAAGUAAAUAUGUAUUUUUGAUGCUUUAUUAGAUAUGUAAAUUAAGUAUUCAAAAUAUUGUGGAAUAUUUUCGUGCCUUGUUUCCCUUUGUACCUCCCCGAGAGCCUGAAUCCUUGGAU